CUCCCUCCAUACCCGUGAUGCGUGGCGUCUUUGCCUUUGUCGGUCUCCUGCUGCUAAGCAUGGGGCGGACAAGAGUGGACCCAGAGCAGGCCCAGAAGGCUGUUGAUGCGGUACACAGCGGUCAGAUGUCAGUCAGGAGUGCUGCCGAGGCCCACGGGAUAAGCAGGAACUCGCUGCACAGCCGUAUGACCAACUAAGUGACCAUAGAUGCGAAGGUUGGUCCCGGGACUGUCCUGAGCAAGGAGGAGGAAGAUUCGUUGAAGAUGUCUUGGUCUCCGCUUCCCGACACCUUUUGCUAUUGGGGAGCUGAAAGACGCUGUGCGGAAGAUCUGCCUCGACGGGCGCAAUGUGCCCUGGGACCCAGACAAGGGCCGGGGGGAUUGCUGGCUUGAAUGGUUCCUGAAGAGGCACCCGGAGUUGUCGGAGCGAGCCACCCACAUCUACGAAGCAAACCGGAUGAACGAAGACGACGAGUCUCGCCUUGAAGCCUUCUACGAGACCUGGGACGCGUACCCGCGGAGACCAAGCUCACGCCGGACCGCAUCAUCAACACGGAUGAGACAAGAAGGACAAAGAAAAGAAGGAGGCAGCUGAGAUAGCAAAGGCGGAACGCGCAGGGGCAAGGGCAGCGGGGGAGACCACCAAGCGGAGCAGGUCGUGGGCAGGGCGGCGGGCGGGGCGGCGGGAGAGGAGGCGGGCAGGGCGGCGGGAGAGCCGGAGGACGAGGCAUAAGGGAGGAGUGGGGGGCGAGGCGAGGGAAGGGGUAGAGGGCGGGGAGAGAUGAGCGUGGGGGGUGGGCAAAGCGGUGGGGGCCGGUGCUCGUGUCCAAGGAGGAGCGGGACGGCCGAGAGGGGCGGUGGUUCCCUUGGUUCAGCCGCCGCCGCCGCCGGCCCCCGUUUCUCUAGGACGGCAACGGACCCCGACACCAAUCAUUGAUGUUUAGACUAUUUAGAUGCUCUACGGUUGUCGUUUUUUCAAGACUAGUCGACGCGGUGGAUGAAUUAUUCGAGUCAGACGUACAGCAAACGCCAUUUGAACGUCGAGGUUCCGAUAUGCAUCCCAGGAAUUGCAUGUUGUUGUGCUUAUCCAGCUUUUGGAGUAGUUUUGGAGCAUGCCACGGGGGGCAGGAGGGGGGGGGGGGGGCCUAGGGGGGUUUUCCGGAACCCUGGGGACGUUGAAAUGCUGUCCCCGGGCCUGAAGGACUAUUGAUCGUUUUUGCUGCUUCGCGACUUGAGAUGAUGGCCUUGAAAAUAUCUUUCGAUGGGGCGUUCGGGUGGUGGGAAAAAGUGUCGAUUUUCUGCGAGAAGUCUCACCGCAGCACCAAGCUGCUUUUUGUCUUGCUUGCCGAGUUGACGUGUUUGAAUGUAUGUAAAGAGGCGUCAAACGAGCCUCAGACGUCAUUGGUUUUUCUUACAAUUAAACUGCUGUGCCUUUGUGGUUAGUAGGGCUAUGUAGAAAUGAUAGGGGACCGGGGGUCGGGGGGGGGGGGGGAUACCUUGAUUAUUCCGCAAAACCGGGGAUAUCGCCAUUUCGUCCCCGGGUAUGCAUGGAUUUUUUUUUUUUCACAGCGUUCUUUGUUAUUGAACACACUUACCCAGGGCGUCUUGUGGGAAUUUAAGGUGAAUGUGAAAACAUCGAAAUAGCCUUAGGGUUGCUGGGGAGAAUUCUUACCGUAGCGGCC